AUGGUGGGCAAGCCGUCAUUCACGGGAGAGGCGGCAUUGCAGCCUUUGGCCCACGUCCAUCUGGUCAAUUUCUCCAGCUUCGAUAUGAACCUCCACCACCAUCUGACGGGCCCUGAAUCAUAUCACGCAGCACAGCUGACCCUACGGUCACCGAUGCCCUUCAACCCGAGUCAUCUGGAUAUUGCGGAGAACGAUCUGCUACAAUACUUUCGUUGUAUCGCCUCCCGCUCCCUAACAACUUUCACGCAUGACCCGGUGGAUUUGGGAAACAUCAUUCUGCAGUUGACCCUGCUGAAUGACUCCCCCUCGGCCACCGCUGUGCUGCGUGCUCUCCUCGCCCUGUCGUCAGUACAUCGCGACGGGCUGCAGUCGCAGGCGGCAGGUCUCAAGAUCUCCGCCCUCAAAGCGCUCAUCGCCGCUCCCAAGCAUGACAUCACCGCGAUCGAAGCGGCUCAACAUGUGGCCGCGGGGAUGCUACUGUGCUCCUUCGAGAUCCACCGGGCCUCCUGCACUUCCGGCCAAUGGAUGACCUACCUCCUCGGGGCGAAGCGCAUCAUCCAAGCCUCUUCUCUCGAGUCGUCGGGCGAAUUUGGACCUCUGAUUGACUGGGUCUACUACCACGAUGUGCUGUCGCGAUUCAGCAAUCUCCACUGGCACUCGAAAAUCGCGAAUCCCGACUCUCCUUCAUCAGAGACUAGUGCAGAGACCUUCUCGCUGUUGUCUCCGGGGAUGCCGUCGGUGGAGCAGACCACGCUGACACUCCUCUCCGACAUAUGCGAUGCGAUCUCGACCCUUUCGCCCGAGAUGAUGCCGCCCACCGACGACGACCGGGACGACCACCACACCUUCCUGAAGACCCUCGUCUUCCGCAUCCGAACCAUCUCGUCCGCGGAGAUCCCGCCCCCGGGUCACAGCCGCCGUCGAACCAUGACCGCGCUGUUCCAGUGCGCGAUGCUCGUCUACCUCCAUCGCGCCGCGUCGAUGGAUCUCCUCGAGCUGGCGGCCGAGACCGAGCGCCGGCUCCACAACGCGUUUGCCACCUUGGCCCAGCUCGACGCGUGCGAGCGACAGUUCCCGCUCUUCAUCCUGGGCUGCGAAGCUCGAUCCGAUCACGAGCGCUCCAUCGUCCUGGAUCUGAUCACCAGAACCCAGGAACACGCCGCCUCCCGCUCCUUGUAUCUGGUCCGGAGAAUGAUCGAGGCAAUCUGGAUCCAGGACGACCUCGCCAAGGGGCCGGUCAACUAUACGGAGAAAUUGAGCGCCGUUCUCAGCUGCUGUGCCAUUCUGCCUACCUUUGUCUAG